GCUAUCACCAAGAAAGUGGGCUCUAAGGAAAGGGAAGACAUCACGGAGAACUACAAACAUCCGGAAGGGUCCGAUCAGGAGCGAGUCGCAGUGCGCGAGGCUGCAAGGUACGGCAGCUAUCCUAUGGCCUAUGAUGACGUCAUCAAGAAGGAAGACGUGGAGUUUUACGUCAACACUUAUGCAAAGAUCAAGAUGGGCGAAGACAUCCAGAUCACCCUGUACAUGAAGAACACCAGUUCGGAGCCUCGCCACGUCACGGCUCACCUGACUGCCAAGGCCUCAUACUACACCGGCACGCCGGCCGCGAAAAUAGGAGAGCUGGAACAGGACGUGACCAUUGAACCUAACGGAGAGGGAUUCGUGGAGGUGAAGUACACACCCAAGGAGUACUUGGACAAGCUGGUUGAACAGUCCAUCGUCAAGCUGUUCGUCAUGGCCCACGUCGACACCACCAAGCAGGUGUACGUGGGUGAACACAGCUUCCGCCUUGUCAGCCCAGAUCUCGUUCUGAAGGGGCCAUCGGAGAUGACAAUGUAUGAACAGUCCAAGGUGACCGUGGAGUUCACUAACCCCUUAGACGUGAAGCUGAUGGACGCAGUGUUCCGUAUCGAGGGCCCCGGGCUGCAGACGCCCAAGACCAUUCCUUAUCCUUCCAUCGGGCCCAAGAAGACCGUGACUCUGGUCGAGCCUAUGACGCCCAGGAGGGCCGGGAAGAGGACCAUCGUGGCCUCCUUCACGUCCGACAAGCUGCAGCAGGUCACCGGAGAAAUGGAAGUCGUGGUGAAGAAGGAAUAGGCCUGGCAUGGCGGGGCCCCGGGUUGAAUUUAACUCGAGUAGAAUCAACACGGGACCCGGUGAGAAUUUUCCGUUAACGGUCGUAGCCUUUCCCAACGGUCGUCGCCAUAUCGCAAACCGGUCUUUACCAAAUCUGAAUGUUUCAUAAUUUGUUUUGCGGGACUGCCAUGAUGCACAAUUGGAUAUAACUUUAAAACAAUUUGAUUGCAAAUGCACGACAGUAUCCUAAUAAAUGUUCAUAAUGGAAAUCAAAAAGUACAUCACUUCAGGUUCAAACCCUGUCAAAUAGAAUAAAUCCUAACCCUUUAUCAACUACGCUACGUAGGACCGUAAACUGGCCGUUUAACCGUUCGACAGCUUUUUUUCCUUUGAGCUGCCAAUGAUUUUUUUCUAAUAAUCUUCAAUCUUCAAGUUAGAUAUGGUUUUGGGGUCUUUAAAUUUGUUGGUGGGGGCUGAAAGGUGAAUUCAUGGUGUAAUAUAAAAAUGACUGCGAAACCUCAUUUUUAGUAUAACUCAGACAAGAAGAACAGAGUACCAGAUACGAAAACCAUGACACCACUUUUUGAUUCCAAAUUGUUUGUAAAAGUGGAGAUGAUACUAAAAUGAUGUCUGCUUUUGCAAACACGCUACUCUAUUUGAAUGUACGUCAAAUCGAAAGAACGAAAUAUAACGUCAUGUUUGGUUUAAAUCACUCGCACAAUUGGUAACAAUGUAUUAGGAUCAACAUGCUUCAUUACGUAACUACGUCAUGUAAUAAAUUCAUAUACAUAAUACUUGAAAGACUGUAACUGUCCAAUGCAUCAAUGAUUAACAAACAUCUAAUGAUCUAGCGAAACAAACGUCUACAUACACGCUUCACAGCGAUGCUGUAAGGACAAUUCAAUAAAGGUUAACUUUGUC